AACCACAAGGGUUUUUCACCCAAAAAACAGUAGUUGUUCAUUACAACUCUGAAAAGAGAUGUGAGUACUCGGGGAAAGGAAAAAGAGAAAAAGCAAAACCCUAGCCAGUGGCAAGAGUAUAUAGAAAAGGAUUAAAUAUUUAUGAAUAAGUUAGGUCUCCUUAGAUUACAUUUCAUUGGCUGAAAGCACAGCAGGUUUGUUCACCACUAGCACCCAAAUACACCAAUCGCCCUCUCUUGUCAUAUGAAAAACUUAUCUACUUCACAACACCAUUCUUUAUUAACAACCUCUUCAACAAUUAGGCAAGGCCAAAACCAAGGACUGCUACUACAAGAAGAUCAAGAGCGAGCUAGGUGUGACUGGGAUUUCGCUCUCUCCACUGUGGUUUCCAAUUCUAGCUCGGUUAUCGGACCCGUGUCCGAUGCCCUCGGCGUGACAGAAUUCGAUCCCUCCGAUACGUUCCUGGCUACCGGAGGGAUCGCGAGGAAAAUUCGAAUUUAUAAUUCGGAAAAUUUGUUGAGUAACGAAAGAAGUGACCAGGGUGUCACAUUUCUUGAUCAUGCUAGUGCAUGUGACUAUUACAUAUGCACUCCCGCUAAAUUGAGUAGUUUGAGAUGGAAACCGGGUUCGGGUUCUCGAAUUAUCGGGUCGGGAGAUUACGACGGAGUCGUUAUGGAGUACGAUCUCGAGAGAAAAAUACCGGUGUUCGAACGUGACGAACACGGGGGUAGGCGGGUAUGGAGCAUGGAUUAUUCGCAUUGGAAUCCGACAAUAGGCGCGUCCGGUUCGGACGAUGGUUCCAUGCAAGUGUGGGACCCGCGUUGCGAAGGCGGGAAUUGUGUGGCUAAGGUACAUCCUAGUGUAACACGGAGUCCCGUUUGUUGUGUCGAGUUUAAUCCCUUCGGUGGAUCCAGCAUAGUGGUCGGAUGCGCCGACCACGUAAUCUACGGCUACGAUGUUCGCAUCAUGUCUCACCCUGUAAUGACCUUACAGGGCCACGAUAAAACCGUGACCUAUGCGCGCUUCAUGGACCCCCACACCCUUGUCACGUCCGGCACAGACGGGUGCCUCAAAAUGUGGGACACGGACGAGCCUUCGCGGCUCGUCCGUACCUACAGAGGCCACGUCAAUUGCCGGAGAUUUAUCGGAUUAUCGGUGUGGAGAAGCGGUGGAUUAAUAUGUUGCGGUUCGGAGAAUAAUCAAGUGUUCGUUUAUGAUAGACGGUGGGGCGAGCCAAUAUGGGUGCAUGAGCUGGAGGGUGUGAAAUGUGAGGGUGGGACCGAUGGGUUCGUCAGUAGCGUGGGCUGGAGGCAAGUGGGUGAAGACGAGUGCACACUAGUGGCUGGUGGAUCAGAUGGUGUUUUGCAAGUGUUCGUGGGCAAAAGGAGAAAUAUGCCAAUUUUAUGACCAGGUAUAAGGAAUUUUUGAGAUGCCAUUAUUUUCUGCUAAUUUCGAUUGAUAUUACUAACAAAAGAUGGAGCUGUAUACUGCUCUUGUUUUUAUUUUAUUCUACUCUGAAUUCAUUGAAAGAUUCAUUUUAGAAGCAAUAUAUAAUACUCAAAUAUUCUUGUUAUCGAGUUCGAGUCGAGUUCUGGUAAAUCUUUCUCAAAACUAGUUCGGGGGCAAAUGGUAAAGAGACUUUUAUAUUUAUUAACAUAUAUAAAGCUUCA